AUGUCCUCUCCGUCAAUUCCACGUGCAGAUCUGCUAAACGCUUUCCUUACAGCGUUGAAUACGACUAAUCUCGAAACUGUGGACAAAUUGAAUGAUUCAGUUUUUAUACCUAUAGCAAAAGAAGUAAAUCUUACUUGGUCAAUUCAACGACAGUGGUUGAAGGCAAUAUGGAAAAUUAAUCAGAAUAAUAUACGCACGGAUGUGAUUCAACUGUACAAUGAAAGUAGACAGUCGUCUGGGGAGGACAAUUUACGGAUUAUUUCAGAAGUAACUGAUGAUCCUGUGAGAAAACGACCACAGUGUUGUUUAUAUAAUGCAGGGACAUAUAUGAGUAAAGGUAUUAAGAAAGAUACCAUUAAUAAACAGUCCAGAAGUGAUCACUCCGUAUCAUCACCAUCAUCAAUCAUUGUACAAUCAUCAUCUGGAUAUCAUCCACUUAGUUAUAUAUUCCCAGAUGAACCCAUGCCAUCGUCAUUUAUAAAUAAUAAAAAUGCUAUUGUUGAUCAUGAUUAUUGUCAACUUCCAGGCCUAGAUAUUGCAAAACGUGACGAAAGACAGCAGCAGCUGUCUUGUUUCAUACUUGAUAUUCCUGAUAAUUCGGUUGCUCGAGAAGUAUUGCGUGAAAGCAACACUAACAUUGUGAAAACAGUCGUGGAAGUGCCUAAGCCGCUUUCGGCUAACAUAGAAUCGAGUACAUUAGAACAAGGAAUACCACAAAAUAUUGCUGAUACCUCAUUCACAUCAAUUCAUUCACGUUCAUCUGCGGCAGCUACAGAACUAAUAUUUGAAUCCAAUGACACUAUUAGUUCGUUAAAAACACCGAACACAGUGGUAUCAGAAUCAAGCGAAGAUAUACAGUAUUCAAGUACUCCGAGAAUGGAAAGACCGCUACGUAAAAGGGUAAAUACUAACUAAUUCAUUUAUUUAUCUUCUCUAUUUUCGCAUUUUCUUUUUAAUUCAGAGUGAAAAUGCGACUGCUUCGAAAAAACUACAUAACAAUCCUUUUACAGAUUAUCUGCCAACACUCAAUACAAGUGAUUCGACUGGUUUAAUCAUCUACGAGACAGCGUUCGACGAAUUAUGCGACUGGAUAAUUGGGAUUUUGAAUACCGGUACAAUUAUUUCGAUGUCGGCAGUGCAAGAAAAAUAUAUACUUAUUUUAAAUUCUCGAAAAAAUAUAAUAACAGAAUCGAUCGUACGGCCACUAUAUAUUCGUAAACGUCUC